CAGUGAUGAAGAGUUCGAGGAGGAGGAACCAGAGGAGAUUCGUCUCCUCGAACACCACAGCGCUCUCCUUCAGUCCUCAAACCUCACCCGCGUGGACCAAAUGGAGGUGCAGCAGGCUGAGGAGGAGGAGGAGGAGGAGGAUGUUAUCGGGCCAGGUGGAGGCAGCUACCAGCACGUCGUGGCCCUGGCCCAGGCCCUCGUGGAACUGCGCCACCGCCGCUACGUCACUCCCAGGCAAGCCAGAGAGAUCACCGCUCUCUGGCUGAAGUUGAGUGAUUGGGACAAGGCAGCGGUCAAAUUCCCCCCCCCGUCACCAGGGCCGGCUUGUCCAAGGCCGAUUCCGGACCACCCAGCGGCACGCUCACAUGCCAGGGGUGUGGAUAGUGUGAAGCGUGCGGUCCUGGGCAAGGGGGCGGGAGCGGCGCAGUCUCCCGAUGUGUCGAGGCUUGUGGAGGCUGUCCUGCUGGACCUCAGCAUCCUCCACUGCAGCGAGGGCAGGAAGAUUGCCGGGGUCUGGAUUCCUCGCUGGGGUGCCGUCAUGAGGGACUAUCUAACAAUUUGCGAGAAUGUUUAUAGUUGUGCAGCCCUCAUGACGAGCACCCGCAUCCAGCUAUAUGAUGUCAAUCGGCGGACCCUGACGCAAUGGCACAACCAGAGGAGCAAGGCCAUGAUGAGGGACACCAUCGCCAUUGCAGUCCUGGGGCCCAGCACUCCCCAGACUGCAGCGGAGCCCCUGCCUGCCCCACCGACUGUGCUGCAGCAGCCUGAGCAGCCAGACCAGCCCCUCCAGCACCGCCUGCCCACGGACGCUUCUGGUCCUGGACCUCAUCGUCGCCAGCUCCUCCACUGCCUCCUCCUCCUCCUCCUCAUCAGCCACCCCACAAGCCUCCAGCGCGGACGCCGUCCUGUCCACCAGCGUCAGCGCGGAGGCCGGUGACAUCCCCCUCCACAGCCACAGCUGCCACUGCUCCACCAGUGCCAAGGAACACCGCCUGGAGGCGCAAGCUCCAGGAGGAGAAAGAGCGUUGUGCCGGGAGCUGGGAGAACACUUAAAACCAGCAAAGAAGGUCUCCCACUUUAACUGCAGGCGCAGUGGCCAACCGAAGACGCGGGCGUUUGGCCACAGCCGCUACAAGAAGGAGACCUUCUGCUCCCGGGCCGAGGGGAAAGGGAGAACUGUGGAGCAGUGGCUGGCAGAGGUGAAGGGGCGUGAUGGAGCAGCCCCCCCUGCCUGAGCGAACACUUCACUUUGUGUGUGUGUGUGUGUGUGAGUGAGUGAUGGGGCGGCUCCCCCUCUCUGAACGAACGCUUUGUGUGUGUGUGUGUGUGUGUGUGUGUGUGUGUGUGUGUGUGUGUGUGUGUGUGUUUGGGAGGGAGGGAUUUGUAAAUAUUGUGUAUAUAGUGUAUUUAGUUUGUCAAUUAUGUUUGCUAAAUAAAUAUUGUGUAUAUAGUUGUCUUAUAUAAGAUAUUCCUUUAUUUGUCCC